AUGGACGACUUCAUCUUUGUGGAAAUCAAUGGCAUGAAAGUCACGGACCCCCAUCAGUCAUAUUCUAUGCUAUGGGAAGCUUUGAAAGGCGACCGCAUCUCCCCUUCUCAUGCACUUGAUUUACUUUCUCGAGAAUUUUCCCGACCGUCUCCUCGUCGGGUUCCCUGUGUUGUUCUGAUGGAUGAACUAGAUCAGCUAGUUACUAAGAACCAGUCCGUCAUGUAUAACUUCUUCAAUUGGCCUGCUCUGCGGCAUUCUCGACUUGUGGUUCUUGCAGUUGCCAAUACCAUGGAUCUUCCGGAGCGAACUCUGAGCAAUAAGAUAUCCAGUCGACUGGGUCUUACUAGAAUUACAUUUUCGGGAUACAAAUAUCAAGAGCUCAUGGAAAUCAUCGGAUCAAGGCUUGAGAAUGUCCCUGGGAAUAUUGUCGAUGCAGAUGCAAUACAGUUUGCAAGUCGAAAAGUUGCUGCUGUAAGCGGUGAUGCCCGUCGUGCGCUUGAUAUAUGUCGUCGAGCUGUUGAGAUAGCGGAGCAAAUCAGUGAGACCAAAGCAAGAGAAAAACGUAAGUCAUUGAUUGCUUCUUCAGCAAACACAAAUGGUGAUGCGGAUCUCGAGUUUUUACCUCCGACACCUAGCAAGAGCGUAUCUCGCCGCAAAUCCGCUGCUGCUAUCUUGAGCUCUCCUCGAAAAGGAGACAAAAAAAGCGCAGACAGUACGGAUGAAAAUAGUCUUCCACGAGUUACAAUUGCUACUAUUAAGCAAGCCAUCCAGGAGGCUACAUCCACCCCACUGCAGCAGGCUCUCCGACGCCUGCCCCUCGCAUCCAAGGUUCUUCUUGCGGGACUUUUAGCAAGAAUUCGACGAACUGGAAUAAACGAGUCUACUGUUGGCGAUAUACUCGAUGAAGCCAAGCGUAUAUCUGACGCAGCAACGAGUGUGUCUUCUUCCUCCAGUACUAAACUCAAGGAAAUUUUGAUUUGCAAUUCCCAGAUACAGGGUAUAGGGUUCGCAACCGUUGAUUUGAUAGAUGCAGGUCUUGUUGUUUUAGAGGGAGACCAUGGCACAAAGUCAGGAGAUGGCAUGAGCCAUGCCUUAGGAAAAGGAAACAGAAGCAGCAAAGUUCGGCUACGGAUUGCGGCGGAGGAUGCCAGGGCGGCGUUUAGAGACGAUCCGGAAGGGAAUAUGUUAGGCUUAGGCGUUGAAGGAUAG